AUGAGCGCGGGAUUCUCUUCACUCGACCUCUGGGAAAUUCCAGCAGGCCCGCCUCCUCCGGGAAAGGUCCCGAACCUCAUCGACCCACCAUCGCAAGCGCCGAUUCUCAGCAUCGGAAUCUAUGUCCUCCUUCCAUUGCUGGUUCCUUUCGUCGUAAUGAGGCUCUAUACUCGCCUCCGCUUGACCCGGGCAUUUGGAAUCGACGACCUUCUUUGCAUUGCUUCGACCGUCUUGAUUCUUGCAUACGCCGGUGUUCUGUUAGCCUUGUUGAACUUGAAACCAAUCACGCCCCUCGGAAGGCAUAUCUGGGAUAUUCCGGUGGCCGCAUUCACCAGUGAAUAUUUGGAGCUCAUUAUCAUGGCCCUCGUCACAAAUCCCGCGGCUGCCAUGUUCGUCAAGUUGACGAUCCUGACGCUCUAUUUCCGCAUUUUCCAGCCCUCACGCUGGGCACACCACCUCAUUUUAGCCGGCUCGAUUGCGGUGGCCGUGUUCUAUCUCGUCACCAUUAUCACACUUUUGGCCUUGUGUGUGCCGUCACGCGGUGAGACAUGGCUCGCCAAAGCAUCAUUUGGCACUUGCCCAACGGUCCAAGUCAGAAUCGCACGGUCACAGGGAUUCUUCGGACUGUUCUCCGAUGUAUUUAUCCUGGUCAUUCCGCUGUGGCAGGUGUCACAGCUCUCGCUCCCCCCAAAGCGUAAGGCAGGUGUCAUGCUCGUGUUCUUCACGGGAUUGCUGUAA